AUGUCAACUAGCAUUGACGAACACAAUCCACACCCUAUUGAGGUUAAACAGAAUGGUGGUAAGACUGCCUUCAAGGACUAUCUUGGUCAAUUUGCUCACAUAGAGGACCCCUUGGAAAGAAGAAGAUUGGCUUUGGAAGAAAUUGACAAUGCUGGAUUUGGAUGGACCCAAAUCAAGAUGAUUUUGAUUGCCGGUGUAGGUUUCUUGACUGAUUCUUAUGAUAUCUUUGCUAUUAACUUGGGUAUCACCAUGAUGUCUUAUGUUUUCUGGCAAGGUACGAUGCCAUCAUCUACUAACACUUUACUUAAAGUCUCAACUUCAGUUGGUACUGUUAUUGGACAAGUUUCUUUUGGUAUUCUGGCUGAUCAUUUCGGAAGAAAGAAAAUUUAUGGAUUGGAAUUGAUUAUCAUGAUCUCUGCUACAAUCCUUCAAUGUUGUUUAGGACAUUCCCCAGCUGUCAACUUCGUGGCAAUCUUGACUACCUUGAGAAUUGUUAUGGGUAUUGGUAUUGGAGGUGAUUAUCCAUUGUCUUCUAUUAUUUCAUCUGAGUUCUCUACUACAAAAUGGAGAGGUGCCAUCAUGGGUGCUGUUUUCUCUAAUCAAGGUAUCGGUCAAUUGUUUGCAGGUAUCGUUGCAAUGGUAUUAGUUGCCGGUUAUAAAGAUGAAUUGAUUGUAGCAAACACUGCUGCUGAAUGUACUGGUCUGUGUAUCAAAGCUUGUGACCAAAUGUGGAGAAUCAUUAUCGGAUUUGGUUGUGUUCCUGGUUGUGUUGCUUUAUACUAUAGAUUGACCAUUGCAGAAUCGCCAAGAUACUCUUUAGAUAUUGACGAAAAUGAUGAUAUUCAAAAGGUUGCUGACGCUGAAGCUGCAAUUGACAUCGAAGCCAAGAAUAUUGCACCUCCUAAAGCUUCUUUCAAAGAUUUCUGGAGACAUUUCGGACAAUGGAAAUAUGGUAAAAUUUUACUUGGUACUGCUGGUAGUUGGUUCAUGUUGGAUGUUGCCUUCUACGGUUUGGGUUUAAAUACUGCUGUUAUUUUGAAGACUAUUGGUUACGCUUCAUCAACAAAUGUUUACCAUUCUCUCUACAAUCAAGCUGCUGGUAAUUUGAUUUUAAUUUGUGCUGGUUCUUUACCAGGAUAUUGGUUCACAGUCGCAACUGUCGAUAUUAUCGGUAGAAAAACAAUUCAAAUUGGUGGUUUCAUAAUUUUGACUAUCCUCUUCUGUGGUAUUGGUUUCGGUUACCAUAAACUUAACGACCACGGAUUAUUAGCAUUGUAUGUUUUGGCACAAUUCUUCCAGAAUUUUGGUCCAAACACCACCACUUUUAUUGUUCCAGGUGAAGUUUUCCCAACUAGAUAUAGAUCAAGUGCUCAUGGUAUCUCUGCCGCUGCUGGUAAAGUCGGCGCUAUCAUUGCUCAAACAUGUAUUGGUACUUUAAUCAACCAUAACUGUUCUGCUGAAGAACCAAAUUGUUGGUUGAACCAUGUUAUGGAAAUCUUUGCAUUAUUUAUGUUGCUUGGUAUCUUCCUUUCUUUGUUGAUUCCUGAAACUAAGAGAAAGACUUUAGAGGAAAUUUGUGAAAUAUACCACGACGAAAUUGAUACUACCAAGGUUGGUAAGGACAGAUACACUGUUGAAGACUCUUAUGAUUCUGACUUGAAGGAAGCAAAUAAAUAA